UGUUGCAUCGACAGCCAGUUUUAUCAAGAUGUAUCCCGUCAGUGCCUUAGGAGGACCGCAGUUAUCUCACUGGGUGGGCGGUGAUGGCCUGAGCAGCUUCCAUUCCUAUCAGCAGCCAGGUUUACCAUUAACGCCGUCGCCUGAAGCUCACAGAGGAUAUUUCGCCAAUGUUUCGCCUACGUCCUACAGUGGAGUCAGUGCUUUGCCUUACCAUUCCCUUCAGCAGUGCUACGGCCAGCACAACGGCGUCGCGACCCCAAUGCUCUCUCCUCCUCCUGAGAAGCCGGUUACGCCGCCGAAGGAUGUGCAGACGCGUCCCUGGUGGAGCACGAGCGUUUCCACGACACCAACGUCACACAUCCCCCACAGCUUCCGCCAUCCUCAGUAUGCCAGUCCAACGGUACCACCAACAGGUCAAGCAACUCCUCCGUUUCUUCAAUCCCUCCCGAUUGCCGUUGCGCAGGAUUCCGUUUCGCACCAUCCAAAUGCCAUCGCCUCUGCUCUCCUCAACGCGCAGUCAUCCGUCAGCGUUCGGCGUUGUCGACGAUGCCGUUGCCCCAACUGUCUGAAUGCCCCACGAGACGGUUCAGGUGCCAAGAAGAGGGAGCACGUUUGCCACAUUCCCGGGUGCGGCAAAGUGUACGGCAAAACGUCCCACCUCAAGGCUCACCUCCGGUCCCAUGCCGGAGAGAAGCCCUUCGCGUGCCAGUGGAUCUUCUGCAACAAGGCCUUCACUCGCUCCGACGAACUCCAGCGCCACCUCAGAACGCACACGGGCGAGAAACGUUUCGAGUGCGUCGAGUGCGGCAAACGUUUCAUGCGCUCUGACCAUCUCAACAAACACGUCAAGACCCACGAGAACCGACGCGCCCGUCUUGCUUCUGCUUCUCCUGCCGAAGGUGACGACGUCGACGUGGAACUCUGCGAUGACGCCGUUGAAGACUGUGCGGAGGAACUUCUCCCUGUUACGCUGCCAGACUCUCCCGUGUCUGAAGCAGAGCUGCAGGAAGCAGAUGUUGACGUCGAAGAUUUGCUAGAGAACUCUUAUCUAUGUGGACAGGAUAACCACUUGUCGCAAUAUGGCUAUAUGCAAAACUUCCAGAUCUAAAUUGUACACCCAUUAAGGAUUUCCUGGGCGAACCAUCUAUGUAAAACCCCGUGAUUUUAUAUUUAUUUAUUGGAAAUA